UAUGAGGCUCUUGUCCCUUUAAGCCGGUGCGGAAGUAACUGCAGUAUUGAUUGCAACACUUAGCUGGAAGGUCAGGCUUUCUUCCUCUGAGAUUCGUUUCAACACUGCACUUAAUAAACUAAACUGGUCGGUAUUUGCCUCCCAGCUACAGGUAAGCGUCUCUACCUGCGGCACUGCUCCGCUCUAUGAGCGUCGUAAGGCGGGUGACUGUGCUCUGCGGGGAAAGCAACGUGCGGUGACGGCGGUUGCGUGAUAAGAGGUGUUAAGAUUUGAAUUGUAGUUCAGCUCUUCCCGAUGUCUGGGUCUAAAUGUACACAGCUGAGCGGACCGCUGGUGAAACAGGUGCUGGACUCCGUGGACAGCGUCCUGUUUGACUGCGAUGGGGUCAUCUGGCGGGGGGACCAGGCCAUCCCCGGCGCCCCGCAAGUCAUAAACCUGCUUAAGGAGCAUGGGAAGAAAGUAUUCUUCGUCACCAACAACAGCACCAAGACGAGGAAGAUGUACGCCGAUAAAAUGUCCGCGUUGGGGUUCAACGUGACGGAAGAAGAGGUGUUCGGGACGGCGUACUGCUCCGCCAUGUACCUGAAGACGGUCUGCAAGCUGCAGGGAAAAGUGUAUCUGAUAGGGGGCAACGCGUUGAAACAGGAGCUGGAGGCGGUGGGCAUCCAGCAGAUCGGGGUGGGACCUGACCACAUCACCGGGAAGCAGAUCGAGUGGGCCAACGUGCCUCUGGACCCCGAGGUGAAGGCGGUGCUGGUCGGCUUUGAUGAACAUUUCAGUUACAUGAAGCUGAACAGAGCCCUGCAGUACCUGACCCAGUCGGACUGUCUGUUUGUGGGCACCAACACGGACACCAGGCUGCCUCUGGAGGGAGGCAAGGCCGUCCCAGGUACGGGCUGCCUGCUGCAGGCGGUGGAGACAGCUGCUCAGCGGAAGGCUCACGCAGUGGGCAAACCCAACCACUUCAUGUUCGACUGCGUGGCCUCAAAGUAUGGCGUCGACCGCAACCGCUGCCUGAUGGUGGGCGACCGCCUCGACACCGACAUCCUGCUGGGCUCCAACUGCGGCCUGAAGACCCUCCUCACCCUCACAGGAGUCAGCACUGUGGCGGACGCUGACGCCCAUCAGAAGAGCGGCUGUGCAGAGAGGCAGGGGAUGGUGCCAGAUUACUACGUGGAGAGCAUCGCGGACCUCCUUCCAGCUCUGCAGGGAUGAGACUGCCAGUCUGUCAGUGUAGCUACGUGAUAGCUUAGCUGCUAUAAACCUGAGGCUUGCCUGUCACAUGCUGGGGUCCAUUGUCUUCUAAAAGGGAUUAUUUUUCAUAAAGAUUAAUAUAAUUAAAGCCAUAACAAAGUCACACAAGCUGCUGUGUGACAGAGGAUACAAAGACACUAUCAGGUUUUAACAUCACUUUUAUCUUCUACUGAAUUAUUAUUAUUUUUAUUAUUAUUAUUAUUAUUAUUAUUAAAACCUACUAAUGUCAACAAAAUGAUUGGUUAUUAAGUAUGUAACAAUGAUUUCCUAUAUUGUUUCAAAGUACUGUACAUGUUAAAAGUGUUACUGGACUUACUUUUUUGGGGAAAUGAGAGUUGAGUGUACCCUGUCUGUGAUGCAACCUCCCCUUAGGCAAUUAUGAGCACAUACAAAGUGUCAAUAGUUUGGGUAACAUGUCUGUGUGUUAAGGUUAACAGUGCUGUUUCAAAGGAUGGAUUCACAAUGUUUCAUGUCUUUCUUAAAACAACGGUCAGAUGCCUGAACAAACAUUGACACGUUUUUCUUGCUGUAAUCAUUCCUCCUGUUCAUACUGUCCAUUAAGAGAUCCCUUCGUAAUGCACUCUCAGUGUA